UAUCCUGCUGCACUUUCCGUUCUAAUCUAGGACCCAAUCAAAAGACCCCCGCACUGGAAUUUGCAGGCUCGUGCUUACAGUAAACCAAAUAUCCAUCAACUUUCUAUUGGCAUCAGGCUCAAACUCUUCACUCGACGGGAAGCAUGCUCCUAUCGCAGAGAGUGCUAACAGCGCCGCAGGGUGUGCGGCGUGGCGCGGCAGCUGUGCGUGGGCACCUGCCCACGCCACCAGUGGUAGCGCCACCGUACGUUAUCUCCUCACGCCAUUACAGUGAAGGCAGCACCCUCGGUUUAGUCGCGCCUUCCUUUGCCCACGCCGUCUCAUCCGCUGCGCGCCGCUUACAGCCCCAGCACCAGCCGCUGCUGCUCACACGCAGCUCUGCAACCAGCAGCAGCAGCAACAGCAGUGGAGGCAGCGGCAGUGCCAGCAAGGAGCUCCGAUUCGCGAUUCACCGCAUCAGCGGCGACGGGGCGUGCAUGUUCCGGGCAAUCGUGCAAGGAGCGCAGUACGCCACGCGAGGGAAGGCCAUGCCUGCUGAGUCCGAAGGCACCGCUGCGCACAACCUGCGGCUAGCUGUGGUGGCUGAGCUGCGAAAGCGGAGAGAGGAGAUUGAGCCCUUCCUGCCGGGCAUUGCCCCGGACUUUGACGAGUACUGCAAAACCAUGUCGCACCCCAUGGCCUGGGGAGGCGAGCCCGAGAUGUUGAUGGCCAUGCACGUGCUGGGCCGCCCCAUCACCGUGUACCACGUGUCGGACCGCGGCCUGGAGCCCAUCGUCACGUACGGCGAGCAGCUGCUGGCGGCCCCCGGCGCCGCCGCGCCCGUGCACCUGCUGUGGAGCGGCGCGCACUACGACCUGCUGGUGCCCGCGGCGGCGUGAGGGCGGCAGGAGUGGGGGCAAGCAGCGGGGGCGGCAGUGAGGGGCAGUGAGGGGCAGUGCGGGGGCAGUGCGGGGGCAGUGCAGGGCGGUGGGGAGGGGCGGCAUGUGGCAGUGAGCGGGCAGUGGUGGCGGCAUGGGGGCAGCCAGCGUGCGGGGGCUGGCCGACUGAGGAUGCAGCUGCAGCAGAGGGUGAUUUGGGAGUCAGUUUGGCUGGUGUGGGCGCGUGCAAGGGCUGCGUGUGAGGGCGGGCAGAGGCGCGCGGGCGGCAUAGCUUAGCUGCGGCAAUCGGGGUCGUGCGGGGUUGCGGGGUUCGUGUGCUGUAGGGUUGGCGUGUAUGGGUGCCACGCAGUGGUGCCCCUGGUGCCGCGCGCAGGCCUGCAGCGGCAGCUAGCUACACGGCCUAGUGCUCCGCGAGGACAACAAAGCACGCGAGCACUGAGGUAAUGGAAUCAUGGCAUGUAAAGUGAAGGAGUC